GGAGUAAAUUGUCGAAAAUGAACACCAAAAGUGGAGCUGCUAAAAAAGAACAAUUUUAUGUUCGUUACUAUGUUGGACAUAAAGGAAAGUUUGGUCACGAAUUUUUGGAAUUUGAAUUUCGACCAGAUGGCAAAUUGCGUUAUGCAAACAAUUCAAAUUACAAAAAUGAUACGCUUAUCCGUAAAGAAUGUUAUGUUGGAAAAGCGGUUAUGGAAGAGUUGAAGCGUAUUAUUGAUGACUCUGAAAUUAUGAAUGAAGACGACGCAAAUUGGCCAGAACCGGACCGUGUUGGCCGUCAAGAAUUGGAAAUUUUAAGCGGGAAUGAUCACGUUUCUUUUACUACAAGCAAAAUUGGUUGCUUAGUUGAAGUUAAUGACAGUAAAGAUCCAGUUGGUUUGCGUUCAUUUUAUUAUUUGGUUCAGGAUCUUAAAUGUUUGGUUUUUUCGUUAAUUGGACUUCAUUUUAAAAUUCGUCCAAUUGCUCAGUGA